UUCGAGAUCAGAUGCUUCAAAAUUCGAUUGUUUUGGGGGCAUGUCCCUGUGUGUGGGUUUCCUGUGUUUUACCCAGAAUGCCAAGCAAAGUUCGGUGUUCUAGAAGCGCCGGCGCCAUGGAUGCCCAGACGAAACCCUUGAUCAUUGGUGCUGGCUUGGCACUAGUUGUCGCCGCUAUUGGACUUGUGGUUCUCCUUACAAAAGGUGCCAAGAAAUCUCUUGUUGCCCUGAACCCUGAAAAGAAGAUCCCUUUUAAACUUGUGGAUAAAAAGAUUGUUAGUCAUGACACCAGGAGAUUCAUUUUCCAGCUCCAGUCCCCAGACCACAUCCUUGGGUUGCCAGUUGGUAACCAUAUGUACCUUUCUGCUACCAUUGAUGACAAGCCCGUUAUCAGGCCCUACACUCCUGUCACCUCCGAUGAUGAAAAAGGAUUCUUUGAACUGGUGAUUAAGGUAUACUUCAAAAAUGUGCAUCCAAAGUUCCCAGAAGGGGGAAAGAUGUCCCAGUAUUUAGAGUCCUUGAAGAUUGGGGAUACAGUUGACAUCCGAGGCCCGGCUGGCAAGCUGAUCUACAAGGGAAGAGGGACCAUCUCCAUCAAAGAGUCUAUAAGAAAGCCAGAACAGCUCCGUAAGGCCAAGUUUCUUGGACUGAUAGCGGGUGGAACAGGCAUCACCCCCAUGCUACAGAUCAUAAAAGCUGUGUUAAAAGAUUCCGGAGAUCAUACUACUGUAUCUCUGAUCUUUGCAAACCAGACUGAGAGGGACAUCCUUGUUAGGGAGGAGCUAGAGUUUCUUGCAAGUCAGAAUAGCGACCAGUUCAAGCUCUGGUAUACACUUGAUCGACCACCCGAGGACUGGGCGUACAGUGGUGGGUUCAUUGACGAGAAGAUGCUGAGGGAGCACAUGCCGCCCGCUGGCCCUGACACUCAGAUACUGAUGUGUGGCCCGCCGCCGAUGAUCAAUUUCGCUUGCAUCCCCAACCUCAAGAAGUUGGGCUUCACUGCCGACAUGUACUUCCCGUUUGGCUAGAGUAACGAGGAAAAGGGGCAGAGAUGAAGCACUUCUUUAUUCUCUCCCAAUUUCUUUAAAGUUUAUUUACCCAUUUUGCCUGAAAAUAAUAAUAAAAAAGAUAUCCAUUUAAA